GAAGGGAAGCGUCGAACGUAUCGAGGAUCUCCUUCCGCCGUCCGUGUGUGCAGGGAGCAGUCUGAUAUCGCUGGGAGGAAAAUGUCGUGCGGGCUGUGGAAAGAGACCUUGGCUCUGGCAGAGGACUACCUGUACCUGUGCUGCACAAGCCCACGGCCGGCCCCUCCGCCUCCCAGCGAGUCAGCCGCUGCCAUGAGGCGCCUGGCCCAGGACAUGGAGGCGCAGCACCAGGCCCGCUUCCACGCCCUCGCUCAGACCUUCCUGAGGCAGUGCGGGCCGGACCCCUGCUCCAGCCUCAGGAAGGUGAUCGAGGAGCUGGUGGGAGACGGACGCUUGAACUGGGGGAGGGUCGUUUCCCUUUUCACCUUCACCGGGGUGCUGGCCAGGCAGCUGCUGGAGCAGAGGGCCGCCAAGCUGGGGCUGGACCCCGGGCAGGAGCUGGACCUGGAGUCCGGAAGCUGCAGGGGGCUGGCGGAGACCAUCGCCGACUACCUGGGAGAGGAGAAGAAAGACUGGCUGCUGGAGAAUGAUGGAUGGGAGGGGUUCUGCACGUUCUCCCGCAGCGCCAGAGAAGUGGGCCAGGACUCGUCCAUGAAGACGGCGCUGUUUGCUGCUGCUGGCGUCGGCCUCGCCGGGCUCACCUUCCUCCUGGUGCGCUAGACCCUGAAACCAAUCAGGCCCCGCCCCCAGACCCCCCCCCCCCAAAUCCAAUCCAUGUUCAGCACAAAUAAGUAGACAUUUAAAUUCUUACAUCAAUGCUGCAAAAAGCUGGCGUUUUAUCCGUAGUGAAUUCAGGGUUGUAGCUCAAGUCAUCAACUGAAUGUUUACACACACACACACACGGUAAUACUGGCAUUUUGUCACUCAUUCCUUGAGAUUGUAAAACUCGAUUUCAAUGCCUUCGAUACUUUUGCAUAUCAGACGGUUGAAUUUCAAGAAGCUCUGAGGCUCUUUUUGUAGUUUUCAGCUCUGCAGCUUAAAAGAUACAAGUUUUUUUUUUUUUUCCCCCCACAGCUUUUGAUUUUCAAAAUUGUAAUUUUUUUUAUAUUCAUGUUUUCCUGAGUUGUGUAUGUGGUAUAGAGCCAUCGUGUACAAUGUAUAAAUUAAUAUAUUAUAUUUAUAUGGAAUGAAACUGUAAGCAGUGGCCCUUUAUUCUAACUGAUCCACGGCUGAUUCGGUUAUUUCAUUGUUUUUUCGAGUCCGCCGCUCGCGUGAAGCUUCUGGUUCUCACGAGCCGGCGGCCGAGUCGGCGCUUACGACACGACGGUGCUACGAAUAUGUUGUGAAAUGUUUCUCAUCGAACCAAACGGGGACCAAUCUGACGUCAAACACAUUGCUAUUAGAACAAACCGUUGCUAUGGCACCCCCCUCCACAAAUCCCUUUAAACAUUAUAUUUUUACAUUGUUUUGGUCUAUUUAUUUGUCACUGUUUUUAUAAUAAAAAAAUGAAGAAGCAACUGUU